GUUUAUUUGAUAGUACUGGUUCCAUGUUAUCAUAAAUUUUCAAAUACAAAGCAUCUAUGAUAGCUAAAUAAUUCAUUAUUCAAAAAAAAUCUUGCACUUAUUGAAUAAACUAACUGAAUUAUAUAUGUUUGGCGGAAACCUCAGGUUCAUCCACUCCUAGCCUAUCCAUAAGUGGCUGGAUGUAACCAGUUUCGACAAGUGCGUCGGAAGUCAUCCAAAAGCUAGAGAUCCUUUUUGAGCAAUGUACUGCUCAUCUCUUGGUACAACGAAUAUGAGUCUAUCCUGAACUCUGAGUCUUUUGCUUCAUAAGCUUUCUCUGGAUUUCAUGAAAAGUCACGAAAAAUGAUAGACGUUUACGUCAACAUUUUCGUAAGUUUUGUAGAGUACAUUCGACAAAGCUUCAGUAACAAAUUGAUUUGAUUUGCGAGGAAAGUUCACCAAUUAUUCUACACGAUGUUUUGCGAGCAAAAAAAUUCCUUUUUACAAUUAUUAUACUCACAAGUCAAUCCCAGACUUCUGAACAGAUGUAUCACUAGAGCGAGAAAACAGAAGCUGGAAGAUCCUUUUGAUGUUUCACCUGGUCUUAAUAGAUUAGCGUCACAUCAACCGUCGCUACCGACAGACACCGACUUUGAUCCCACCAAAAGAAUUCUACCCUUUGGAAGAAGUGGUAUACCUAUUUUGAAAAGGGACCUACAACAGCCUGAUGUUCAAGUGGUACUAAAGACUUUAUCAACUUUGAACGAUUUACUGAAAAAUCCAGAGAAAGCUUAUGAAGCAAUAAGACUCAGAGUUCAGGAUAGACUCAUAUCCGUUGUGCCAAGAGAUGAGCAGUUUGUGAGAGAAAGGUGUUGUAUGUCCUACCAGUUGCUAUCCAAAUACGCCGACGGUAAACAAGCAAUGGUUGCCAACCCAGAAAUCGUGAAUUUGUUCUUGCAUCUCAUCAAGGACGAUAAGCCAGAAGUCCGCAUCAAAGCAGCACAUUGCUUAGAAAGGAUCUCUAGCUUUUGGAUGACUGCCGACGCACUUGUCGAAGCUGGUUACAUCCAGCCACUUAUGGAUAGGCUAGGAGUGGAUGAACCUGAGGUUUCCGCCAUACAUUUGAAUACUCUCUCGAAUUUGAUGUAUGGGAAUGGCAAAUAUGUUGGGAUGGAAGCGGGGGCCUUCGAUCUUAUGGUCACCCUGCUAGACUCCCUAGAUUUGGACGUUCGAAAAGGAGCCCUUCGUUGUUUGAUGCUGAUGACAUCUACAGACCUAGGCAAACAGAUGGCUGCCAAAUGCAACCUACUGGUUACAUUAGCCAAAAUUCUACAUGAGGACGAAUCAUUGCACGUAGAUGCUGCUUCAGUAUUGGUCUUCUGUACUAUGCUGGUCCAAGCAAAAGCUGCAUCUGCCAAAAUGAAGAUGAUCCCAACAAGGCUCGUGCGGCUCUGUAAGAAUCAUCUUAAUCCUGACCUUCAACUGUUUUGUCUUAAGGCUCUUACCAACAUUUCUGAACACCCAGAUGUGCGAAGUUUGAUGAAGAAGAAGCAUCUAGGGAGAUUGAAGAGAAUUCCAGUUACUUCCGAUUUGCUGCGAAAACAUAAGAAGAUUUUACUUCGGGUGGUCACAUGGGAUCCAAGUGAUUUGAUCUGCACAUUUGGUACAGAUGAUUAAAAAUUUAGUUUGAAAAUAAAAAAAAAUUACGAUCUGUUUUAAUCCUUUUAUAUUAUAUUAUACAUGAA